AUUGUGACUAAAUUCACUCGCAACGACUGUUCAUUCAUCUAUUUAAUUUAGUAUGCUCGCGAAAUUCUCAGUGGGAGCACGUAUAAUAAUAUUCUCCUAAUUUUAAAAUGUAAACAAACAGUUUUUGUUAUCUUUAGUGAGUGCAAUAUAUCUUCUAGUAACCAAAAUGUACCUAAACAUAGGUAGUGUGUUGUGUUUCGUGCUGUUUAUGUGUUCAAAAAGUGUUAUUUGCGACACAAUAAGUGAACAUAAACAUGUUCAUUGUACACACGAACAUCCAAAGGCUGACGAAGUAGUCCGAGGGGUUCAUAUAGAGCCUGCACAUAUAGUCAAGAAAAGAAGCAUAGACCAGCCAUUAAGAAUUAGUAUAUUUUAUGACCAUUCCGUCUAUAGGUUAGAACCAGAGAAGUUUGACAUGAUAAAUAAUACAAUACUGCCGGAAGCAGUCAAGUUUUGGGAACAAGCUUUAAAAGUCAGAAAAACUGGAGGCCCCAUCAGAUUAAAUAGAAAAUGCCCAACACGACAAGUUUUCGUCCGAGAUGGCAGAACGCAUUGCAUCGACAAAUGCAACGUCGAGACUAUGUGUGGCGAAGUCAAGGUCCCUGAGGAACACUUAAAUCUAUGUUACGUAUGCAACAGUACUGGACACAACUGCAGAGCUCUGCCGCGACAGAUCAGGGUCGAAGACGACGCUCCCACUGACAUUGAUGGCAAUUCCAUCAAUGAUGGCACUGAGGUGCCACCAGACACAGAAGAGCCCGAAGACUUCCAAGGCGUAGAAGACACAGACUUCGUGUUGUAUGUCAGCGCGGUGGAGACUGAGCGAUGUCGUCGUGGUCAAACUGUUGCUUAUGCCUCACAUUGUCAACAGGAGUCGGCUUUAGACAGGCCGGUAGCAGGGCAUGCUAACUUCUGCCCGGGCGAAUUAUCAACGAAGUACAGAGACUUACCCUCCGUGCUUUCUACGGUCAAGCACGAAAUGUUACAUGCACUUGGAUUCAGCGUGUCUUUAUUCGCGUUUUAUAGAGACGAAAAUGGCGAGCCCCUGACUGAAAGAAGACCGGAUACAGGGAACCCACCGAUGGAUGAAGAAUUACAAAUCCACAAAUGGUCUGACCGCGUUGUAAAGAAUAUAACGCGAAAGAAUUGGAUGAUCAGAGGGGGUUACAUGGAGAGGACUUUCCAUAUGAUUGUCACACCAAGGGUUGUUAAAGAGGUCCGUGAUCAUUUCAACUGUUCAGAGCUUGAGGGGGCUGAACUUGAAGACCAAGGAGGUGACGGUACAGCCCUAACACAUUGGGAGAAAAGGAUUUUUGAAAACGAAGCCAUGACCGGGACCCACACACAGAACUCAGUGUUCAGUCGUAUAACGUUCGCCCUCAUGGAAGAUACGGGCUGGUACCGCGCCAACUACGAACAUGCCACCCCUCUGGACUGGGGGCGGGGCUUGGGGUGCAAGUUCUCUAUGGUCUCCUGCAAGCAGUGGCUGAAUACUCAAAGGUUUAGACGUAAGAAUCCCGCGCCAUUUUGUGAGAGAAUCAAAGGCAAUCCUUUGCGGACCGAGUGUUCUCCAAGAAGAAAUGCAGUCGUACUGUGUAAUCUAGUUCGACACGAUACAAUACUGCCGAGAGCUUAUCAGCAUUUCGACACGCUACCCAACGUGGCGCCGGGCGAGGAAGCUCACUACGGCGGCUCCGUCUCCCUGGCGGACUACUGUCCGUACCUCCAGGAGUUCACGUGGAGACACAAGAGUGUGCUCAUCAGGGGCAGCCGCUGUUCCUAUGAGGAGAAUACUCCCAAAACAGACGUAAACUUCGCCUUAGAGAAUUACGGAGCGCACUCCAAGUGUUUCGACCACAGCGAGAGAGUGUGGGAGCAGAAAUCUUGUAGACAGAUAAGAGAAUGGCAACACUGGGGUUCAGGUUGCUACAAAUAUAAAUGUGAAAGUGGUCGACUGCAUAUAGUGGUGGGCAACUACUCGUACACAUGUUUCCACGCGAGCCAGGUGCUACAGAUUAGAAUAAUAAAGCGCGGCUGGCUCCACAAAGGAGGCGUCGUCUGUCCUCCUUGCAGAGAGCUCUGUGGGGAGGAGUUUGCCUCUAGAAACGAGUACUGCAAGGGUGGCGAAGAGCCUCUACCUCCGAAUUUAUAUCCCAACGAUGUUCUAACAUGUUCAGCUGUCAGUUUGACAGCUCCCGCCAUUUUGAUAGCCGCCAUCUUGGUUUUAGUAGUUAAUGUCACUCAGAAAUAAGACUCUUUUUGUAAGUUUCUGAUGGAAAUGCCGACUUUUAUGAUAUUGUUUUUUAAAUGUGAAAGAUGAUGAUUGUGAUGAUUGCAGCCGUAUAAAAAUGCGUGUACUUAUAGUAACUAUUCAGAGAAUUUAUAAAACGGCAGCCAAAAAUUUAAGUUAUAAAAAAACUACAUUGUUUUUUCUGAACUGUUCAAAUUCUUCAUAAACAGACAUAAAAAGUGGCUUUUGAAAUCGUUUCAACUGCCUUUUAUCUGCUUAAUUGCAUUAAACAAAGAUGGUCGGCUACAAAAUGUGAUUUUAAUAUCAAAAAUAUUAUUUUUAUUUAAUUUUAAGCGACGUGUUUGUAUAAAAUACAGAAUUUGUAAUCUUUUAAUUAAGUACUUUGUAAUGUGACCUCUGUAAAGUGAUUUUGAUAUUGUGUGAUUGAAAACAAGCGUUCAAAAUAUAUGAAUUUGUCUGGAAUAUUUAAUAAGAAUUAAUAUAAUUGGGAUAAGGGCAGUAGGAGGAUGAUGAUAACUUUGAUAUUAUUUUUACAAAGAGUUUAAAAUUCUUUUAGUCAGAUUGCAUACCAAUAUUUAUUAAAACAUUAUUUUGAAACCUUAAAAAAAAUAAAAAACUCCAGACUAGAUCAUAUAUUUUGAAUGCAGCUAUAUUCCUGACUGUAUGUUCAAUGUUUCUAUGUAAAUGCUAAUUUUAUUACUGACUUAUUUUGUGAAAUAACUGCAAUAUUUUCAAUUGCAAUUAUUUUUAUUGGUCUGAAAUACUUUUGUAAGACAUGUUUCUUUUAAAUGGAUACUUAAAACUUUUUGCUAAUAAAACAAAAAAAAAUAUGUCAUUCACAUUGUAUGUUUUCAUAUGAAAUUGUUUAUUAAAAUAAGCUUUUUUAGCUUGCUUAAGUCGCGGCGACAAAAAUGGCGAACCGUAAGGCAGAAUUCAUUUUCAAAUUAUUAAAGACAUUUUCGACAUUCAAUAAUUAUCAUCUGCCUGGCCUUUUUCCAACUAUGUAGGGGUCGGCUUCCAGUCUUAUCAGAUGCAGCUGAGUACCAGUGUUUUACAAGGAGCAACUACUUAUCUGCAUAUGUUAAGACUGGAAGCAGGCCCCAACUGAAUUGGGAAAAGGCUGGGCAUGGAUGGAUGAUAACAAUGUCAAUAAUAUUUUGACAGAAAAAAAUAUUCUGCUCUGCGCUUUUACUUAAUUUUUCUGCGCCGUUCCUCAGUGUCUAUUAAAAUGCGAAAAGUUUUGUAUCUUAACUUAAUUCUUAAAUUGGUAAACUAAGCGUCCGGACCAAGGAUUGUAAAUAGUCAUUUAAGAGUAUAUUUAAAUAAAUAAAACUGUAAAAUUACUUAUCUCGAACUUAAAUGCCAUAAUUUAAAUUAUUCUUUUAAAAUUUUUAUUUUUUUAUUUAAUUUUUUUGAAGUCAAGAAUAAAUCUUAUUUGAUGUUAUGCUAAUAAAAAGAAAAUAUUAAUUAUUAUUUUUUAAGUUUUUUUUUUUUGUAAAUUUACUUGAUUCGAAUUAUAUUAGCAGAUCAACAAAUAAGAAGAAAAAUAAGAUUUAUUUAUAUUUUUAAAACUUGACUUAAAACAGGACGUUAAGAGCAGAUAUUUAGAAUUGACAAUGAUUUGGAUAAAGGCCCUUCCCAAUAUUCUAUCUAACAGUUAGUUUCUUCAUCAACAGCUAAAACUAAAGGUAACAACUAAAGUAUUGACUUUUACUUGACCAUUACUGACAUUUUAACAAAUGUGUUUCUUUAUCCAAGUCACAGCUAAACUAAAAGUCCAUAGAGUUACCAUAACAAAAACACAAUGACAGUGACUUUAGCUCUUAAAUCCCCUUAAUGAGCGGUAAAAGUUAAAGUUUAAAGGCUAAAAUAACAGCAAAACUAAUAGUUAAAAACGUAAGAAAAUAAUUUGACCGUUACUUUUACUUUAUGAGGUUCCUUUGGCUGCUACUUUUGAUGCAGAAACUGGCUGUAGUGUUGUUUUGCUUACUAGAGAUACGAAUUUGACAUUACUUGUAAUUGACUUAUGUCAAAAUUCUAUCUUUAGUAAGCGAAUGAAAAGAUAGGUUAUUCAAGAGAUAGAUAGGUAUCAUUUUGGGAUCGGCCGCUAAAGUACGAGUCUGCUCAAACGUCCUGCUUGCGUGCUUUUGUAAAUAUAGUACUUAAGUUUAUUUGGUGCUUUAAACAUUAUUAAGUUCUCAUUCCUAUGUUCGUUAAGUGAAACCUUAUUUAUAAUUUUAUUUUACAUUAGAUUCUAUUCUUAAUAAUCAUGAACAGAGAUUUUGUGAUCAAAUAUCUAUGAAGUGCUAUGUUCAAUACUCGGUGAUCAAAAAUGAGUAUAACUGAAAAAUUCUUGUUUGAAGUUUAAAGAGUAUGCUGCAGACUUUAACAAGAUCAUCAUCAUCAUCUCAGCCGGCGGACGUCCACUGCUGAUCAUAGGCCUCUCCUUUAGAUCUCCACAGAUACCUGUUGGAGGCGACCUGCAUCCAGCGUCGACGGCGACCGACAUAAGAUCGUCUGUCCUCCUUGUUGGUGGACGUCCUACGCUGCGCUUGCUAGUCCGUGGUGUCCGUGGACUGAGCCCGAUGGUUAGAAAAAAAUAUUUUUAUCUUGAUGCCAAUCGAAGUUCUCAGUCGAUCUGAUACAGCUAAAUACCUGAUCUUUAUUCUUAAAUAUGCGAAAUCUACUGCGCAGUCAAAUAGGUAAAGUCAACUUCAGGUCAGUGGUAACAGUUUUAUAGGAAAAUCGUACUUAUUACUAUUGAGUUAAGGUGCAUGACAGUUACCACUGAUGUGCAGUCUACUGUACCAUGAAUUCAUUAGAAAAUUCGUAGAAGGUGCACUGAUUUUUUGACAGAUGUCAAGUUGCUGUCAUUUUUUUUUUAAGAUUAUAUUUUGUUAUUCCAUUUUAUCACUUUUUUGAUCACCGUUUAUUGACCUGAAUUCUCUCUGUAGAAUUUGACGAAAAUGACUACAUGUAAUUUAUUUUUUGUUUGAAUUUACCUACAUUUGAAAAUGAUUUUAUAUUUUUUUGUCCUAUUUUGUAUUUUGUACACAAUUAACGUUAAAAUUUACAUAAUUUCAAGGACAACUACAAUUUGGCUUUAAACAUUGAAAAAUAAUAGAGAAUUUUAUUUUCCACUACCAAGUAAAUUCUUAAAAUCUGUUUUUGCAAAUGUGUAACGUGACGAUGAUAUUAAUAAUGUAUUAAAAGGAAUAAUUGAAAUAGAGAAAUAUUUUCAUCUACUUUGAAUAAGUUUUAUUUUAGUUAAAUACAUUGACAAUUCACAUUGGCGGAUUUUCUGCUCGGGUUUUUCUACGAUUGUCGUUGCUCAUAUACCUACACAUGACAACAUACUACAUAUUGGUAACUGCCUUCUUACCUACGUCGGCAAACAAUGACAUUUGAAACUGCACAUAGGUUUUUUGCUGCUCUGAGCGUAGAACAACUGAGAGUAAACGCAUGAUAAAAUCCGCUAGUGUGAAAACGCUCUUACAACUUUUCUGUUGUUUUUAAUUUUGAAAAAAUAAUCGUUUUCUUGGAUAAAAAUCUAAGAUAUUUCUCUAUUUGAAUUAUUUCUUUGAGAGAAACCGUAUUUGUGAAAUUAAUGAGAUUUUUAUGGAAAUAAACGUGGAUAAUAUGAAACAUUUGUAAGAAAUAAAGAGUAUUUUUAAACA